AUGGCCUCAACUGCAGAUCUCCCCACCGCUUCGGCGGACUCCCCAGAGAGCUUCAUCUUGCAUGUAUUGUGUCCAUCAUUGCCUCCACCUAAUCGAUACACCAUUCAGGAUGUGGACCCGUCAUCCACUGUCGCAGCUCUCAAGGAUCGAGUCACACAUGCAAUCCCGAGUCAGCCCUCUCCGCAAAGUCAGCGCUUGAUCUAUCGCGGGAGACCCCUCACGAACGAUGCGGCCGUGUUGAAGGAUGUGCUGGAACCGCCGAAUGCUACCGAAUACUACAUACAUCUUGUCCUUCCGCCGUCAUCGGAGCCUCCAGCAUCAUGCUUCGUUGACUCGCCUGCCUCGCAAUCAGCACAGCCAACUAGUGAAAUGUUCCCCCGAACUACAACCACCGUUCCACAUCGUUCUUCACACCCUCCGGAUGAUCCGUGGGAAUCUUUCUCCGCAGCCGACACAGUACGCGCAAGCGCGGAAGUGGCCGAGAUCGGACUGGCUCUGCGUCGAAACAUUGAUUCACUUCGCCGAGAGCUUGAGACGCGGGACCGAGGCAGGUCAUCGGGAGGCACAACUGGCUUCUCAUCCAGUCUGGACCCUGGUCUCUUGAAUGCUCAGCAGCGGCCAUCGCGGCCAGAUCAAUCGUCUUCGGGGCCUUCAUCACAUCCUGGCGUGUCGCGGACAAUUUCAUCCGAGACGCCGGCAGCCCUGAACGGUCUACCUGUCGCAGAUCUCCUCGCCCAUGCAACUAUGACCGAAGAGACACGACUCAGCUUGCAGAUUCUGACGCGCCAAGUGGAGCUGGCAGAAGCCCAACUCAACAGCGGGAUUGCUCCCCCUAUGGACCACAUAAUCCGCAUGCGCAGUCAUUUGUUCGCCAUCCUCGAUGACCAGUGCCUGAACCCUCUUGCCGAGCGCGAUGGCUCAGUUGCAGGGCUCUUGGCCCGCGUUCUCAACAUCUACAUGCGCGCCGACCAACUCCACCAGUCGGAAGCCUUAUUGCUACAAUCGCAGACCGCAGCAGGUGGUGCUAUUUCCGCCGCGUCCGCCUCCGGCCCGGCCGCUUAUUAUAUGCUCAAUUCCCCAUCCGGCUACCAGGGUCUCCUGGUAUCUCCCCAAGGGACUGAUGUAUUGCAAGCGACCCUCAGCAGCCUUCGCGCAAUGCGCAGCCCGGACCGCACCCCCAACCCCGGAGGGAACCCCGCCCCGGUGCCCAACCUCCGCCCCAACGCGAACGCUGCCGUCAUGGAGAACGUCGUCCGCCAGGCCGUGCUCAACCAGCGGGGACUCGACAACCACGCCGACCCGAACGGUCAAUUGGGCUUUGCGCGGAUCAUGAGACGGCUGUGGCAGUUCGUCCGGCUAUACUUCUUCUGCUACAUGUUCACCGAACCGGGAACGUGGGCGCGGGUCCUCUUCGUGACGCUGGCCGUGCUCUUCGUCCUCUCCUCGGAAACCGGGGUGGACCAGCGCCUGUACCAGCUAUUCGUGGCUCCCGUGCAGCGACACCUGGAAGGUCUGGUGCAUCUGACGCCAACGGAGCCUCCCGCUCCCGCUCAAGGCCAGAGCGGCCAACGUGGUCCUGGGCCAGCCACGGGCAAUCCUCGUGCAGGGCUCGCGGGAGAAAUGCGCUUCCAGCUGCGGCGUGUGGAGCGAUCCGUGGCUUUGUUCCUUGCGAGUCUGGUCCCCGGAGUAGGCGAACGGCAGGUUGCGGUGCGCAAUGCGGCGGAAGCCGCGCAGCGCGCACGGGAGGAGGAAGAGCGCCGACAACGCGAGGAAGCGCAGCAGCAGCAGCAGCAGCAGCAGCAGCAGCAAGAGAACAAUGGUGAUGCAGCGGAGAGCGGACCUCACUCAACGAUACCCAGGGAAGCCGAGAACUGA